AUGUCGGAUCCAUCGGUGCCCCCGCAGAUGCAGAUGCUGCUGCUGCUGAUGCUCUUCCUCGUGGGUCGAGUUGGGGCGUGGACGGGGGAGAUCAACGGGAGGGUCCUCUGCGACGUCUGCGGGGACUCCUCCAUCGGGCCAGAGGAUCACGCCCUGGCAGGUUCACUUUCUGUCUCGCGUUCUCGUUUCAGAUUGAUUGCGUGCUUCUGUCUGAUUCUAUCUAUCUCGGGGGUGUUCCGGUUUAAUCUCGUACUAUCCUCAAGCGAUCCGUCUUCCCUUCUUCCAUUGUGAGAGAACUUCCUGUUUAUUCUUGUGCUUUUCUGCAAAGGUUUCUCCCCCAUCCCUCUCUCGCUCUCUAUCGUAUCUUAGAGCGAGAUCCUGAAUUUCACAGCAGAUGUGGUUGCUUCGCCGGAUGAGGAUGAACUGAAAUCUGAACUCUUCGAUCAUGUCAUACUGGCGUCAAAUUUUCUCCUCUUAAUUCUCCCUUUAAUAAUUAUCCUUCUCUUCUUUCUCCUGGUUAGUCUUCUUAGCGCCAGUAAAUUCGAGAAUUUCCUACUUCUCCGAGCCAGUUCAUGAAUUCCCAAUUUUUUGUGGGGUGUGGGAGGCUUUUCACAAAGAACCAUCGCUCUUAGCAGAUCCAGGCACACUUAAAUCACACGUUGAGAUCACCUUCCUUUCCGGAAGAGUCAUCAUCUACCAGUGGGAAAUUUUCAUCCACACUGAUAUCGUGCUGAAGAAAAACAAGCAUCCUCCGGCUUUUGAUUACUCGAUUCGAUCUCCUCUUUUCAGCGGACAUGUCUUUUCUGGAUAGAUUUAUCAAGUGAACAGUUCUUUGAAAAUAGCUUGAUAUCAUACUCUAGAGAUGUUAUGUUGGAUGAAGUGCUUCGGUGGUACUGAUUCAUGGAGGAAAGUUUUUGGGUGACAUGAAAGGAACUUUUGAAGGUGCUUUCCAUCAGCUUUGACUAGCAUUAUGUAGGUAAACAUAGUGAGCAUACUAGCCAGUGCCCAUUGAAUUUGAUCGAUCCAAGAAUGACGGAAGACCCCAAAACUGUUUUGACUAGUGAAAGACUUUAAUUUAAGCUUGCUGGUGGAACCCUUUCUCAGUUGUUCUGGUUGUUGACUUGAGUUGAAUUCAGCACGAUGUAUGAGUCAACUAGCUGAUAACACCACAGAUGCCAUUGAUCUGCCAGGUUUGCAGAAGGGAACAUUGAUGUCAACUCUCAAAGAUGUAGAGGAAACUAACCAACCCCUAGGGCCCAUCCUUGAUCUAGUUCUUCCUUCCUUCCCUCCCUCUACUGCUUACGUGCUUAAGCUGCUGCAUCCUCCUCUAGUACCUCUCUGUGCUGGAAGGAAGUAAAUUUCUCCUCUAACCUCCCUUCUAACUCUGAACAGAGUCUCCUGUUUGGGGACAAGCACAUGUAUCUCUUGACCUGAAAGGAACCGAAGUAGUUGACUUUCUAUGUGCUUGGUGUCCAAGUUUGGGUGAGGGUUAUAUAUGGGAAAAAAUCGCCAUAAUUUUUGGUGAAUGAGAGGGUUAUGAGUAUAUGUGAGCAAAAAUGAACUUUGGGUUAAUGAGGAAACAUCAUCGUGAUCUCCACCCAGAUUCCCAGCCAGAAACUUCUCCAGUCUGAUUCUGGGUCUCGCUCUGGUGAUGCGACUGAUUUGUCAUCUGGUUCACACCAAAGCAGAAAACAGACUGUUGAGGUGAUUGUUCGGGGCAUCAAAAAGGGAAAGAUUAAUCUCAGCUUCUACUACUUGAUAGCAUGAUUUUGGCUGAUCAUGGCUUCAUUUGAUCUCUGCUCGAGGGUGUGGAAAUUUAAUUUUCUCACAGAUUCUACCAUUUUUCUCAUUAACUUAUUAUACUCCCGUGCAGUAAUAGAUUUAUUAAAUAAUAAUAAUAAUAAUAAUCUUAGGAAAAGAGAUCAUUCUGUGUUCUUCCACCAUCCAAAUGUAAUCCCAGACAGAAGAGCCUUGUUCUUGUGGCAUCUCUCUCAGACCCUUCCAAACAACAAAAAAGAAAAGUGUAAACUGCCAAAGAUGUUAUAAUCCGAGAUCAAAUUUGUCAUCUCAGAUGAUCCAUGAUCACCAUAUUUAGAAAUGUUCAUCCUCGCUGACUUCAUCUUCUUCUUCUGCCUCAUGGAUCGGGCAUAAUACUCCCACAGGUGCUGAGGUGGCAGUCCUAUGCAUCACGGAGUCUGGGGAGGUAGUCAACUAUCAGGCCUUCACGGACUCAAAGGGGGCCUACACAGUGGCGGAGACGAUGCCAGAGGUCGACCGGUGGUCGUCGUGCCUUGUGAGGCCGAUCGGCGGACCCCACCCAGACUGUUCCCGCCGUGCGGACGCCCGUGCGGGGGUCAAGUUUUCCUACACCCGCCCCUCCGGUUACUCGCACACCGUCAGGCCGUUCCUCUUCAAGCCCUCUUUGGCGCCGGUGUACUGUGCCUGA